AACGGGCCAAGGCCAUCGCCAUCGCCACCCCUCCUUCCUGAUCGAGACCCCGGCCGUCACAUCACCAUUGCCGAACAAACCCUGUGCCUGUGCCUGUGCCUGUGCCGGCCGCUAUAAAACCUCCAGGGAACCCGCCUCCUUCCUCGCCGGCCUAUGUGCAGCUAGCUAGCUAGCACCACGUGGUACCCGCCUACCACCGAACCAAGAGCCCGCCGCGAGCACGCGCUUCGCAUGCACGGCGGUACCACCUCGGCUCUUCUUCUUCCUCCUCCUCGGACCACGCCGUCUCUCUCCAUGUUCUUCGUCUCCGAUUCUAUUUCUACUCUACGGGGAGCUAACUGCUAAGGAGCUAGCUAGCGUGAUCCACUGAUCUCUACUAGCUGGGGAGGGGAAUAGGCAUGGAGCCGGGAGCUGUUACGCCGUGCAGGGCGGUGGCCUUCUCGUGGGAGCAGGAGCCGGGGGUGUCCAAGGAGAGCCCGGCGGCCGAGGAGGAGAAGAAGCUGCCGUCCGGCGGAAGGAGUACGCCGGAUAGCACCAAGAAGGCGGAGGGACGGACGCACAAGCUGCGCGUGCCGCCUCCGCCGGGAGCGCCGUCCCUGUCGCCGCCGGUGAAAGCGGUGGGGAGCAGGUCCAGCAGACGGGGCGUCCGGCCGGAGGAGGACCCGUUCCUGGCGGCCUACGUCGCCUGCACGGCCAGCGGCGGGAAGGCCGGCAGGGGGCACCACGAGGCCCAGAAGAUGCUCGGGUGGGCCGGCCUUAGGCUCGCUCUUGGGCUUGGCCUCUCUUGCAAGAGGUCUUGUGGGGUUGCAGAGGAGAGUGUCGUCAGGCUGGCUAGAAACCACUGAAGUGAAUGAUAAUAAUUGUUAGAUUAUUACGACUA